UAGAGAAAUAAUUGAUUAUUCAUGCCGAAAUGAAGUGGAAUUCGUUUUAGUAGAGCAUUCUCAUUCGCCUUACAUAAAAUAUUUAGGUUGUUUUACAAAAUUGUCCGGAGAUUCGAGCGAUAAUUGGGCGACAAAGGUUAUUUUCCAGACGAUUUUGCUCGCGAAAGUGACCAUCAUUUAUGGAUUCUCGUUAUCCACGAGUUCUAACGUCUUUCCUGGAUACGGUAUGAGAACCCUAUGUGAGCUGUCGUCUUACUCGGAUUUUGACCAAGCUCACCAUUGGGAUCGUUGUGGAAACAUUAUGGACUACUUUGCCUGUUAUUUGACUGGUAGCGACGAAAUUUCUAUGAGCGAGUCGAAUGCAUUGGCAUGGGGAUAUUCACGAGAAUUGGAGUGGAAUUCAGAAAUUAUACCUUUCACUCCAAAAUGGAUGAAGCUGCCGAAGAUUGUUCGGAGUGCAGUGGUUCGAAAGUUGUACACCGAUCAUUAUGCUACAAAAUAUCUACUUAUUGUUGCUUCUUUUGUUUAUCUGAAUGUUUCUCUACGAGCGUCACGAAUAAUGUGUCUUUCUUCAGAUCUGAUCAUCGGAACGUCAAGUCAGUUGUGUUUUGUGGUUUCGGAUACAUUGAAGCUUCCGACGCUUCCGAUUACUACACAUGUUUUCCCUUUCUCGAAAGGGCUCACAUUGGUUGCGGCCGCUUCAAUGAAUGGAGGAAAUGCUUUGGAUGCGAUCCUUUCAGUGCCUUCGUCACAACCGAAGAUAUCACCACGGAAUGUUCCGAGAGUAAAUUCGGUUUUCACAGCUGAGCGUGGUUCCGCCUACACUGGUAGUAUCGACGGUAUGAUGUUGUUUGUUGGGUUUCAGAUGCUCGUGGGUGUUUGUGAGGGAGUGGUUCGGAAUCUUUUCGGACUCGUGCCACCCGAGUUGUUCAGCUCAUUGGGAGUGGAGCGGUUGUACCUGGUGGGAAAUGCCAAGCGCCAGCGAUUUGCGGUGCACAUCCAGAAGUGCCUCGACGAACUUUGCCAUAAAUUCCUAAUAUAUGGUACGGUUCUUCUUCGAUGUCCGAUUCCGCUUUUUCUGGUAGCAGCCCGCGAAUGA